UGUAAAUAUCGAUACUAUACGUUACUGUGCUGUACUGGUUUAUAGUACAAAGUCUUUGUUUCAUGUUAAACCAGCCCAUCUCAACUAUCUUGCGGGUGUGGUCGAUGAAACCGACUAUUAGCGUACAACAUUCUUAAAUGAAUAUUGCUAGAAACAGGCAUUUUACAACCAAGUCCAAUAAAUAAGUACUGAAACAACUGAUUUUUUGUUAAAAAAGACUGGCACUGCUUUUUUUUUAGAGUGAAAUUGACCAAGGUCUAUCGGUGAAGCCUUUUUUUUGAAAGAUCUUCGUGAUUGUUGCAAUUGAACAUGGAUUUCACACCAAACCAAUGCAUAAACAACCUUAAUUUGGAAUUAGAUGACAGCCCUCAUGUUGAGGAGUUCUCCAACGAUGAUUUGGCUGAACAAUUGAACAUGUUCAGCAAUCCUUAUUUCUUUGACUUUGAACCUGUCAAUCUGUUUCCUCAUAAUUUUUACAGAUCUUUGCCUCAAGAUGUAAAUUCCAACUUUACAGCGGCUCCAGCCGAAUAUAAAACCCAACCUCAACAAGCUGCUCCGUCAUCACAAUUUACGACAUCCUCUAAUGUUCCUGUACCAACUAUUCCCAAGCAAGAACCUUUGGAAAAUCCAAAAAUUUCUGCUAAAGUUCCUCAAGAGGACAAUCAAAACCCCUAUUUGGUAACCGAGAAUUUGGAUUUGCUUAAUGCUACAAGGGUAAUGCAAAUGCCGGGCAAAAAUUCGUCUGGAUUGUUCCCUCUACCCAAUACCACUCCAUUCUUGGAGUCUAAAGCUUCUGAAAAUCAACAAAAGAUUCCUACUCCCCCUUCUUUUCCUUAUAAACGUCCUAGUGACUCCUCUUUGGAUUUGCCUAUCUCGUCUGCUGGCAACGAAGAACUAAUUACCUCCGCUACUACUGGCAAACGAACCUCUACAUCUGCCCGAUUGCCAGAUCUUCAACAACAUAAAGAACAAGAAUUGGCUUCAGUACCUUCAACUCCUGUCGCUGUCUCUGCCCCUUCAAUUAAGCGCCCCAAGACUGACUCUUCGGAUGCAGCCAUUCGUAAUGCCGCAGAAGAGGAUAAACGCCGUAGAAAUACAGCUGCUAGUGCAAGAUUCCGUAUAAAGAAAAAGCAAAAGGAACAGCAAUUAGAACGUACUGCAAAUGAGCUUUCGGAGAAAGUCAUUUCUUUGGAAUCUCGAAUUGGCGAAUUGGAAAUGGAGAAUAACUGGUUAAAGGGACUUAUUCGCCCAGCUACGAAUUUCUAAGAACUAAUUUAAUUUCUUGCUUUGGUUUAUAUUGAUAUCUCUUUCGAUUCGAUUCUGUUUAUUUUCGUUCUAUGGUUAUUGAAUAUUUGCAUACAUGGACACAUAGUGUUCUUAUAUUAUAGCGCAAUCUCCAACAGGUUGUGCGAGUCGGCCAUUUGUUGUUUUUAUGUUUAACCGACUUUUUUUGUUUAUGUUAAUUCAACUUUAUUUUCCGCAAAUUUGUUAUUGUAUUUUCUCUAGUUAUUGAACCGGUGUUUUAAUAGUUUUGCUAAUUGAAUAAAUCUUUGUAUAAUGUUAUGAAUUAUAUUAGUAAGAGUU